CUGAACUAGGAAAUAUAACCCGCUGGUUAUAAUGUCAAGGUCACCUGAGAGAUUUCAGGCAUGGUUUUUACUACCUUUCCUGUAGAAUCGGGUAAUGAUCAAAACCGUUUUUAAAAGAAUUACUUAAAAUAAGUCUUGGAUGAUCCUUUGCGAGUUUAAGAGUUGCUUUGAAACAGACUCGGGUUUUUGUUUCUAUCCUUAUUGAAUAUAUUUCCGAACGAUUAUGUGAAGCGGUUAAAUAACAUCUCAUACAAGUAUGCAGUUGAUUGAUUUAGAUCACGUAAAUCUGUCUACAUCGACUUCAAAACAUGCUGAUAUAUGCAGCGAUGGGGUUUCAGUAUAUCAACCUAAUACUUCUUAUUUAUUUACUCAAGUGGAUACCUCAAACUAUAUCUCAAAUGAAGAUCCAGGUUCUAAUAUGGACUUUCGUUGCUCCAUAUGUCACAUUCUUUUCAGUUCAUACGAAGAAAUGUCAAGACAUGUAAAUAUUCAUAACACUGGUAAACCCUAUAUAUGCUCGUAUUGUGAUACUGCAUUUAAUCAAGCUGACAAUUUGUAUGUACAUAUUUCACUGUAUCACACAUUGAGCGAAAAUCAGAGUCAAUACAGUUGCUGCCUAUGUGAUAAACAUUUCCUUCGUUUUGCUGCUUAUAAAUCACACCUAGUACUCCAUCAAAUUGAUGAGAAUUUUGUUUGCUCUAUUUGUGAUCAGUCCUUCGAAUUUAUCGCAUCAUAUGAAAAGCACUUACGUACAUGUACACGCCCCAUUACCAACAAAAGACCUCCAUCCCAAUAUAGAUGUCAUGCAUGUGGAAUGCUGUUGUCUUCUAUAGGUAAAAUUAAACAACAUUAUCGUCGUAGACACCCUGGUUAUAAACCGAAACCCGUCGAAAGUCCUGUCUUAACCACAGAAAUUAAUUUCGAAACAUCAAGUGCCACCGAUUUAGAAAACGUCAGGAAAAGUAAACUUCGCGCAGCUACAUAUCUUUCAUCUCUGAUUAAAAGUGAUCGUCGUAAGGACAAGGAUUCAUUUUCCAUAUUGGACCAGUUUAUCCGCAGAAUCCCUGCCGAAGAACCCAUCAUUCAAGACUGUCCUAAAGAUACUGCAACAAAGCACAAAAAGCGGAAAGUUACUUAUUCGUGUUCAGUGUGUGAUAAAAAAUUCUCCAAACCGUCUUUACUUAAACGUCAUAUGACAAUACAUACAAAAGACAAAUCUUACGAAUGUGUACUUUGCCAUGCCAGAUUCACUCAAAAGUCUUCGGCGAAAACACAUUUGUCGCUUCAUAUAAAUCCUUUGGAUUCACAACCUACAAAACAUGACUUCGAACCGUCACUUACUGUGUACCCAAACGAUAGUGCAUUAGAAGAAAAUUCGCCGGGUAAAGCGGCUUUGGACUCACAUAUAACACGUCCUGUGAACUCAGCAAUUGAGAUUUUGCCUUUUCCACUCCAUAAUGCAAAUUCCAUUGUCGGAACAACUGUCCCUCAAAGUUCCCUUCUAUUAAAGUCAUUUAUACCACAGUUUCAAACCUCAGAAAGUAUUGCUCGAGAAAAUGAGGCUGAUCAAAUUAGCUGCAAUCUUAUCUCACCGGUUUCUGAUCCGAAUCCUGAAGUUAAUUUUCCCUACUCUGAAAUGUUCAGUUGUCCAGUAUGCUGUAAACUUUUCCGAUUAUCUAAGAGCUUAGCAGUACACAUGUUACGUCAUUCGAUAAUGCGUUCUAACAGAAAUGUUCAUCGGAAAGAAAUUAAACGCAGUGUAACGGUAAGGUCAUGUAACAAAUCUAAAAGAUCAUGUUCUGAAAAAAUUUUACAUAGAUUUAAUAGAUGCAUCCACUGUUUCAAGAUUUUUCGAUCUAUUAAUCGCCUAAAAAUGCAUGUCUUCAAGAUACAUCAUGGGAAGUCCAAUAUACUUGUAUGUCCUAAGUGUCCUCGUAGAUUUAUGUCCAAUUUAGGUUUAAAGAAGCACAUAAAUUUUCGACAUCGGUGCAUUAAAAACAAUAAUAUUUGUCCAAUAUGUCAAAAAUUAUUUUCCAGUUUGUCUACGUUGAAACUUCAUGUAGAUACACAUUCUAGUGAGCGACUAUUUAGCUGUUAUAUAUGCCAUAAGCGAUUCCAGUUUUUGCAUUCUUGUCGUAGACAUAUACGCAAUCAUUUCACUUCUCAUUUGAAUCGGAGACAAUCUCUUGAAUUGUCGGAAUCUAGUUUAGUCAACUUGACAACAAAAUUUAAGCAUUCUGGUUUGCAAAGUUUCACUGAAAAUAAAUCAUGUACAAUAGAUGUGGACUCACAUGUAAAGCUUAGUAUUAUAGGUGACUUUCUGAAUCCAGUUAGACAGUGUUCUUCAUACGAUAAUGUAGAACUGAACCCCUUGGAAUCAGAUAACCUGUCAGCAGUAGUUCAUGUUGAAUCAUCAAAUAAUCCAGAGAAUAACUUUGUUUCUUUAUCACACUCAGUUCCUGAUAUAACCACCGGUAAUCUCGAUAGUUGCUUGACUGCUUUAUCAAGCUCGCAGAAUAUUAAUAUUAGCGCCAGCAAUCAAACUCAUUUUCCAGACCAUAGAAUGUGUGUAUGGGAUAGUGCUUCAAACGAAAAUCAGUCUUAUUAUACUUCAAAUAUCUUAUUUGAUCAGUUGAAUCAACCCCUUGAUAUAUUGGUCAUCGAUUCAUCUGAGGUCGUUAACUCAGCAGAUAUGCAUAUCGAGAGUCCAAGUAACACUUAUCAACAAGUCAUCUUGUUAACCGAGAAGACUAUUAAUCCUUCAGAAUCUAAUGAUAAUCCUAAUGUUGGCCCCUUGUUUAAGACCCAGUCGUUUAUAUGUAACAAUGAAUCAUUAAAAAGUAAUCAAACAAAUCCUAACGCAUACGACACUGUAAAUACACAAGUAACUUCUAGAUCCAACCAGGUGGAUAUCGACAGUCCAGUUCACGAAGCUGUUCAUGUAUCUGAAAAAUAUUUACCUAACCAUGAAUCGCGUACACCUCAAAAAGAAGCUUCAUGUGAUAUUCAAUUAAAUACACAUACAGAGCAUUCAAAAUUGUAUGCAUGUGGACUAUGCCCCAAAAUCUUUGAAUCUGCACAAAGUUUACUCCAUCACACUCGUAUAUGUCACAGUAAUGUAGAAAAAUCUUUUUCAUGCCGUGAAUGCCCACGAAGUUUUGCGAAUCCAACUCUGCUUUUGAGUCAUUCACGCACACAUAAUCAAGAGUAUAAUGGUGUACUAAGCUGUCCUCUAUGCCCGAUGUCUGUAUUUAGUAAACAAUCAGCUCUAAGUCGACAUAUUAUCUACUGUCAUCCAUUACCUGAUUCUGAACCGUUUAAAUGUGGAAAUUGUGGCAUGCGAUUCAUGAUGCUGCGUUGUCUUAAAUCUCAUGUAAAUAAUAUUUUAAACGGUGUGGAUGUAUGCAUUUCUAAGUUGUCGACUGAACAGUCAGACAGUAUUUGCAAUGUUGACACUCUUGGUGAUGCAUCAAAUUCAAAGAAGAAUACCCAUCAUAUAUCCAGCUUAUCUUCUAACCUGGUUGAUGAAAUAGCAAAGUUACAACCAUCAGAUCACCUAUCACUGUCAGAGAAAUAUUUAAUCAAAGCUGCUAGAGAACGUGUAGAAAACAUGGUCAGUUUUCCAGAAAAUAAGGAUAUUCAACCACCUACUUCACCUGUCACUGGAAAUAUUUGCACUAUAUGUAGCCGAAAGUUUACAAAAAAAUCAGAUCUCCGAUACCAUCUCAAUGUUCAUUAUGGUAUUCGACCAUAUGAAUGUGAUAAAUGUCAUCGACGCUUCAUGAAAUAUUCUGAACUUCGUCAGCAUAAAUUUAAAGUACACGAAAUGAAUAUAGAUAAGACAAAGGUAUUAUCGAAAAACAAAGCAUCAGUGAAACAUGCCCUUGUAUGCCAUUUAUGCGGUUCUACAUUUUCAUCUAAGAGUAGCCUACGUCUGCAUGUUCGCCUGCACACCGGGACUCGACGCUAUGGCUGUCCACAUUGCAGUUCUGUUUUUCACAAUCCUAGUCAUAGAAAACGUCAUUUAGUGAAAUGUCAAGCGAAGCGUAAACCAACUGCAAAUGUAGUUCUCUCGUCAGAUUUUCCUCCUAAUUCAUACCACGAUCAACGCAAUGAUGAAAAUAUCACCCUAGUGGAAACUAAUUCUAAAGUAAAUCAGACUGAUUCUUCUUCCUUUAAUAAAUGUAUCUGUAAUGGUGUCAAUUCUGACCAGUGCACUAAAUGCACAAUAUACUUAGAUAUACUACUCUGUCCUGAAGAGACACCAGGUAAUAAUGGAGAACUUACUACCACUAACCAAGUCUCUGACACAUCAUCGUACAAUUGUUUGAAAGAUUCUUCUUGUCAGGUGGAGAACACGCCGGUGUUUUAUGUUGAUAUUGAUAAUGCUAAUGAUAAUGUUACAACUGAACAACAACAGCAACAACAACAAGCAUUCACAGAGCAUGGUCUCCCUGAGACACUUGAUAUUCUAGAUGAACAAAAGUGUGAUUAUCUAUUCAAUUCUACAUUCAAUGUAAGUGAAUUCAAUCAUGAGUACUAUUCAGUUAACAAUGAAUUAAUAAACAGUAUACUCCCAAUUAAUGAGGAUAGCAACGUCAACACUGGUAACACGAAUGCAAUUGUUACCUAUUCAAAUGACAAUCUAUUCGAUUGUGUAUCGUAUGGAGAGAUUUUUCCGGAUGAAACUUUAAAUAUUAAUCCUGAAUGCGUGAACACCGACUCGAAUAAACAACUUGUGGAUUUUCAUGUGAAUGAUCUCACCACUGUUACUAGUACCACUACUACUACUACUACUACUAAUAUUGCACCAACUGAUACUAAUAUUAUUGUCAAUCAAGUUUGUGAACUACACGAGAAUACUAGUAAUCCUACUACAAAAAGUACCACAGUAAAGUGUAAAUCGAACGCAACUAAUAAAAAUUUUCAACGUUUAUUUAAUUGUUCAAUUUGUAAUAAAACAUUUACAAAGAAUUCCUCUUUACUUAGACAUGAAAGAAUACAUAAUAUGAUUAAGCCUUUUGUAUGUCGUUUUUGUGGUGUUGGAUUUACUCAAAGCUGUAGUUUAACUAGUCAUGAAUUAAUACAUACAGGUGAAAAACCCUAUCAAUGUACACUUUGUAAUGCCAACUUUCGUCAAUCGUGUAAUUUAAAACGACACAUGAAAUUAGUACAUCAGUAGAAUAUGCAGAAUAAGCAUAAUUUAUUCUUUCUUGUUGUGUA